GCGGCGGAGCCGGCCAUGGCCACCAAGCGCCUGGCCAGGCGGCUGGGGCUGGCGCGGAGCAGCGCACGGACGCGGAGCGGGGCGCGGGCGGACGCGGGGCAGCGCUUCGCCUUCCUGAUCGUCCUGGACUUCGAGGCCACGUGCUGGGGGGACCGCGAUCGGCGCGGGCCCGAGAUCAUUGAAUUUCCAGCAGUCCUGUUAAACACCUCAACAGGAGCCAUUGAAUCUGAAUUCCAUAUGUAUGUUCAGCCCCAGGAGCAUCCUAUUCUCUCUGAAUUCUGCACAGAACUAACUGGCAUAACACAGAAUCAAGUUGACCAAGGGGUGCCUCUUAACAUCUGCUUAUCACAGUUUAUGAAAUGGAUUCAAAAGAUACAAAAGGAGAAGAAAAUUAUGUUCAGUACAGAUAGUCAGAGUAAUUCUACUUCAGAAGCAAAAGUGUGUGCCUUUGUUACAUGGACAGACUGGGACCUGGGUGUGUGUUUGCACUACGAGUGUAGGAGGAAGCAGCUGCGCAAACCCGACAUUCUGAAUGCCUGGAUUGAUCUCAAAGCGACCUACAGGGCCUUCUAUAACAGAAAGCCUAAGGGGCUAAAUGGAGCUUUGCAGGAUUUGGGGAUAGCUUUUGAAGGACGGGAACAUUCUGGGUUGGAUGAUUCCCGGAAUACUGCUCGUCUUGCUUGGAGGCUGAUUUGUGAUGGAUGUGUGCUGAAAGUUACUAAAUCUUUGGAUAAGGCACAUCAGAAGAGUAAUUUAAUUUCCAGAACACUGACUGUAAAUGUCACUGACAAGACUCCGCUGGGAAGUAAGAGCAGACCUGAAACAUCUAGAGAUGGAACUUGUGAAACAAAACCUCUGGCUGAGAACAAACACAAGGGUAUUGCUGGAAACAAGAUAAAUUCUGAUCUACAGGCUGGGGAGCAGCAGAUCACUUGCACUGAUCCCUCUGCAGAUGUGUGUGUUGUACCCAGCAGCAGCUCAAGGACUGAACUCCAUGCUCAAAGCCAAAGCUCUUCAGCAGCAUCUCCUGACAGAUUUCCUCUUCCCCUGGGUCUGGCACAGCCAUGUCCCAGUCCUGCAUCAGCAGGCAUCCAGCGGGGACUGAGCACGGGGCAGCCUCUGAGAACAGCCAGGCCCAGCCUCCCAGUGCAGGGAUCAGGGCUGGUGCUGGUCUCCACCACCAUCCCCUCAGUUACUGUCUCCAGUGGGGACAUCAGCACCAGCUCUGAGUGCCUGUCUCUGCUGACAGACUGGGAAGAUGUUGCUUUGAUACCAGAAUCUCAAUACGAACAAAAUUCAGACUCUGUUCAGCUCGAGGAUGACUCAAGUACAGAUAAUCUAACAGUGUCUGAAGAAGAAACUAUUUCAAAACAAUUGGCUGUGACGAGUUCAGAUAAUCAGGGUUUGGAGGAAAGUGUAGCACCCAUGGAACAUCUGAGGUCUGUUGUUUACAAAAGUCCUGAUACUACAAUCUAUAAUAUAGGGACAGUACAAAGGCAGACUUCAAAAUUUUCAGCUUUCAAGUUACCAUCUGCAAAGGGAAAUGCUGUUUCAGCACAAUCAGCAUUAACUGGAAAUUACUCUACUCCUUUAGAGGCUCCUAAAAGAAAGCCAACUAGUCCAAAAACAGGCCCACCAGCAAAAAAGCAGUCUUUUCAUAUCUAUCAAGAGAAGACUUCCUCUUUUGAUCACUCCUUAGCUUUGAGAAGUUCAAAUUUGCCCAGAGUAUUUCCUGCAGUGCUGAACUCCACAGUCAAUAUGAAUGAGUCUGUAAGAGCUGUGAGAAAUGGAAAAUCAACUCCCCCUCUGUGUAACUGCGGCCGAAGAGCCAAAAAACUCUCUGUGUCAAAUGCUGGCCCAAAUCAUGGCAGAGCAUUUUAUUGUUGUCCUGUUGGCAAGCAAGGAGGAAACAAGAAAAGUUGUGGAUACUUCAAGUGGGAAUGUGCACUUCUGAAAGAAAAAUCUUGUGGUCUCACCUUUAAUGCAGAUGCUUUGACAUCUCUUGGAACUGUUCCUAGUAAUUCAGAGAAUUCUUCCAACAAAAAAUAUUGGUGUCUUAGACCCUCUAUGAGAACUUGA